AUGCUGCCCAAGGUCACGUUCCGAGCUGGCAGUUGCUGCUGGAGCAGCGCUGAAGCUGGCGGGAGGCUGAGUGAUGCGUUCAGUAAUGUGAUGACAGGCUCUGGCUCACUCUAUGGUUGCUACAAAUCACAGAAUGAAGAAAAUGUAGAGCUCCCUCAGACCUACAGUUCUUCCCUUUCAACAUCUGAGUUUCCUGUGCCUGUGGACUCUUCCCUUUUGUAUGCACCGUGGUCUACCUGUGGAGAUGACACUAAGCAGCCUGCUGCUUCUCAGAUGAAUGUGAAGUCCAGGAUUCAACCCGAAAGGAAUGAUUAUGGCAGUGAAACAGAUUUAUAUGGACUUGUGUCCAACAUCUUGGAAGAACAAGACAAAUCACAGCCAUGUUGUGCUGAGGGGAGCUGCCCUUCCAACUUGAAGUCAGUGUGGCCCAUGAACGCAACCAGAAUCCUAGACCACCAUGACCUGUUGCCAGAAACGAAAAGACCAGUGGUUGGAGCUGUCUCACAGCAGGGUUUCUAUGGCAGCGAGUCGGUCGCUGGAGCGGAGCAGCAGCACCUGCCGGGCGCUGAGCCCCCGCAGCAGCGGGGGGAGGAGCGUUACCGCGGGCUGGCUGCCGCGGGGCUGGAGGAGCAGGGCGCCUACCCCGCCAGGAGUGAUCAUGCCAACUGUUGCAACGUGCAGAAUAAUGAGAAUAUGAAGACAACACCCAUCUAUCAGAACUAUCCGUUCAUAAAAUCUACCUUCUCAGCCCCAGCUGGGUAUACAGAAGUCAUGAAAGACCCGGCAGCCGAUGCCUGCCCUUACGGGAGAGAGAAGGUGUGUCCCAAGGGAGCCGACCCGCAGCCGCACCAGAAGCGGGCAGAAACCUUUCUUUCACAGUUUCACAGAUACAAUGAGAACACAGAUUAUAGUAGAUACACCGAAUAUUCUCAUGCUGGUAAAGCCAAACCUAACAAGAGCACCAAUUGUAGCCUCCAAGAAAAUAAAAAGCUAGUAAAUGGAAGCAUUGAGGCAGCAUCUCUGGACACAGAGCCCUACACUAAAUUAUUUCAAAUUAAAUCAGGAACACAGAAAAAAAUAGAAGAUACAGUAUCAGAUCAGCAGAACUUCACAUUUCCCAAGGCUGUAGGAUUUUUAUCAGAAAAACAAUUUGCAAAUGAAGCUUCAUUCUGCACUGAUUUUGGGCAAAAAUUUGACUAUGGACUAAAAUCUUUUGCAACUUGUUCAGGGAACAGUGAUUGUGCAAAUGGUGUAGAAAAGCAGCAGUUUUCAAAGUCUGAUCUUCAGAAUUCUGAAUACUGUAAAUCGCUUCCUGUGUUACCAAACUCAGCAAACCCAUCAGCAGGUGCCUUUGUCAGGCCAGCCUGGAUGAACAUGCAAACUAAAACCACUGCUUCUGCCCCAUUUCAGAGUCCAAGUCCUUUGGUGAAACUGAAUAAUCAUCUUCCUGCUUUUCAAAAAAGCUCCAGUCAUCCUAAUGACUUUUUUCAGUUGUCAUCUUCAAAUUUCCCUUUAAGCAGUAAUUUAUUUCACAAGUACUGUCAAGAUAAUCCUUCAUUCUUUUCAAGUCUUGAUUUUGGUUACAACCCUGCAGAACGAGCUCGAUCUGCUGCUUGCCUAGAAGCACUAGUGAGGGGGGGAGAAGAGAAUCUUCUCGAGUAUUUAAGUGAAAAGAAACUGAAGCAGCCAAAUGGGUUCUGUGACAAUUAUUUAGCUCAGCAGGUUGAGAUCCUUGAAAACAUGAACAAACAGCGGUUCCAGUCAAAGCCACAGAGUGAGCGUUACGACCUGGAAGGACACAAACACGUGGAUGGGUUGUUGCAGAACAUGUACCAAGAUCUAGUGGAGUCUCAGGGACAGUUCAGUCUCAGGCAGGCGAGCGGAGACACCAACACCAGCAAUCCUGGGACUUGCCUGCCAGCUCCUGGCUUGUCCAACAGCUGCCUGAUGGGUGACUUCAGGCUGAACCAGCAGCUGGGGUCAAGCACAUUCCCCUGGAGAUCAGCUCGUCUCUUAGGCCGUUCGGUUCUCCCUCUGAUGGAGUCUCAUGACAUGUUCUCCCACGAUGAUUUAAAAUGCUUCUACCCUUAUUUGAAUGAUAAGAUGUAUGGUGACAGUUCUUUUCCUGGUUUUGUACCAGCAUUUGGAUUUCAAAGGCAAGUGAAAAACCGUAGUGGGCCUUCCAGCGAGCUUCAUGUUAGACUAGAAGAAUGUUAUGAGCAGUGGAGAGCUUUGGAGAAAGAAAGAAAGAAGACUGAAUCAGCUCUUGCUAAGAAUUUCCAAGGGAAAAAGGUUUCCAGUGCUAACAACACUCCCAUUCCAAGGCUGACAUCAAACCCAUCAAGAGUUGAUCGUUUAAUUGUGGAUCAGCUGCGAGAACAAGCCAGAGUUGUGACUUUGCUGGGAAAAAUGGAGCGUCUCCGCAGUUCUCCCCUUCAUGCCAACAUUUCUACUGCUCUUGAUAAACACCUGGAGGUCAUUCAUGUAGUGCACUCACGUAGAAAAGAUGAAAUUGUAAAUGCUUCCAAUCGACAGAGGCAAGGAGCUCCCAGAUGCCCGGAUGACAGAGAUGUGUUUGCUCUUGCUCUGGCAAUUAAAGAGAUGAGUGCAGCAACGCGUAAAGCACGUACCACCCUCUGGUGUGCCCUCCAGAUGACCUUGCCAAAAUCUUCUGCUGGAAAACUCGAUCGAGAGAAAACUCCCCGGGAGCUGGUGCAGCCUCAGGAAAAAGUGUGUGAGAACUACAGCAUCUGCAGCGUCCUCAGUCAGAGGGCUGAAGUAAACAAGCACUAA